GAAGGGUAUAAAUAGGAGCGGAGAUGACCAGACUCAUCAGAUAUGGACCAAGAGUCUAACAAGAGAAGAAAUCCAGAAAUAAAGAGAAGACAUCUUAGAAGAACUCGAGGUUGACGAACAAGACAUCAGAAACGAACCAAGAAGGAACAGAGACAUUAAGAUCGCUAUCAUACCUCAAGAAAUCAGUUAAUCGCUGACACAACUGCAACUUUAGCACUUUUCUAUCAAGACACUCCCUAAGAACUCACCGAGAUGAAACUUGUACUUUUACUGACAGUCCUGGCUGUCAUAGCUCAGAGUAUAUUCGCAGCCCCAACCACUCAGAAAGAAGUUCCUGAGGAGAUGCCUCCUCCUAAGAAACCGCAGGACAGCGUCCCACAACAUCACGAACCCAUCGAUGAGGAUCCGACUCCUGGGGCCUUUCAAGGAGACAUGAUGUUAACAGUAGAUCAACUGAGACAAAUCGAAGAGGCUAUCGAUGAUCAGAAGGCUGGUCGUAAGAAGAGAAAAGCUGUCAUCAAUGAGAAUGCUCGUUGGCCCUCCAACAUCGUUCCUUAUGAAAUCUCGCCAUCUUCAAGUGGUGAUAGCCAGGUGAUUCGUGCAGCCAUGGACCACUGGGAACAACAUACAUGUUUGAGAUUCGAACCACGAACUUCCUCACAUGCCAGUGACCUAGACCAUAACACAUAUCUUUCAUUCAUCAAGGGUGGUGGUUGCUGGUCCUUUGUAGGAAGGGUCUUUAAUGGCGAACAACAGAUAUCCAUCGGAUCAGGAUGUGAAUACCUUGGUAUAGUCGCUCACGAGAUCGGACACGCCAUCGGGUUCCAUCACGAACAAUCUCGACCAGACAGAGACGACUACAUCAAUGUCCACUUUGAAAACAUCCAAUCUGGCUUGGAAGGCAACUUCCAAAAGUAUGACUGGAAUUCUGUGACGACACGCAACGUCGAGUACGACAUCGGCUCCGUCAUGCACUAUGGCUCACAUGGAUUCUCAAGAAAUGGUCUUCCAACCAUCACCACCAUCGAUCCUCUUCAGAUGCAUCUCCUUGGUAACCGAGCUGGUCUUAGUAACGCCGACAUCACCCUAGCAAACCUCAUCUACGAGUGCGACAAUGAAUGUUCGGACUCUGAGCAAUGUCAGAACGGAGGAUACCAUGAUACUAACUGUAUCUGUGUAUGUCCUCCAGGUUACAGCGGUGACUUGUGUCAGGAUGGAAGUGGACCUACCACUACACCACCAUGUUACCAAAGAUUGACGGAUACACAGGGAGAGAUUACGUCACCAAACUACCCCAGUAACUAUGACAACGACCAGGAAUGCAUGUACCUUAUUGAGGGAGUUGCAGGAAGUACGAUUGAACUGACAUUCGUCGACAUGGACAUCGAAAACGAGAACCUCUGUCGCUACGACUCCGUCGAGGUUCGCAAAGACGAUAUCAACGCCAUCGGAGAGAAGUUCUGUGGAAGCACCUUACCUCCUGUCCAGAUCUCUAGUAGCAACCAGAUGUUGGUUUCUUUCACAUCUGAUUACAGCAUCACUGGGCGUGGUUUCAAAGCUACUUACGUCAUCCAGGGUGUUCCUACGACUGAGGCACCAACUACCACCCCUGAAACAACUACUAAUCCUCCUGUAGUCGGAACAUGUGGAGGAAGCUUUGAUGACAACCAAGGUUCAUUAGCAUCACCAAACUAUCCCGAAAAUUACAGUUGUAAUCUUCGGUGUGUCUACGUGAUCGAAGUGGAGGCUGAUCGUCGGGUUGAGCUGACAUUCGCAGAUUUCUCGCUGGAGAAUCAGAGUACCUGCCGAUGGGACGCACUGGAGAUCGAUCUCGGAGAUGGUGUCAAAGUUCCUAUGAAGAUGUGUGGAAGUGAGUAUCCAGCCGCUUCUCUGGUGUCAAUCGGUAACAGGAUGGAACUGACACUGAAUACAGAUGGAUCUGUCACCGAUCGGGGCUUUUUGGCGAGAUAUCGCGCAAUUGAACUGUAAGACUAUACCUUGCCUGUAAACAAGAAACAAGAAAGUUGUACUGCAUUGACAUUAAUAAUGUUGGCCAUCCAAGACUAGACAUCUCCUAAAGGCGACAUGAACGUUAAGAUUUUCCCUUGAUUUUGAAGAUGUUAAAGUUGGUGUGACGGUUGCAUGACAUUUGCUCCGACGACAAUUGCUCCGAAGGAAAAUCUGCACAUUAAGUCAAACAUAAAACCUUACUUUUAAAACUACAUGUAAAUAAACCCUAAUCAUUAUCUUUACAUUAUUCUGAACCAAAAAAGACUAUCACAAUCCUAGCUCUAACCCUAUACCCUCUGAGAUAUUCAUACCGGAGCAAUUGUCACAGGAACAAAUGUCGUGUCAACGGUGUGACACCGAGUGAGGUAUACAUCUAAAGGUGACCGCACACCUUGCGAUCGGUCUGCGACCCGAUUUUGGAAUAACACGUAGUAUAAUUUGAUGCUAAUAUUGAGACAUGGAAUAUCUUACUGUGUAAUGUUCGAAAUCGUUGUACGAUUACAUAUGUUCAAAUCUGUGAAUAUGCUAUCAUCCUUCUUAGAAUAAAAACAAAUUUAAUAUCUAGUCGCAAUGACGUCAUAGCAGUCGUACGAUUGGCUACGAUUUGAAACUAAAUUGGCCUUUACUCCAAAAUAAAGGCUUGCAAUCUUUCAAAAUGAUUAUAAUAGUAUUCUUUCAAUUAAUUUCAAUUGUAAUGAAAUGAUAUGUUCCAUUCAUAUUCUCAGAAAAUUAGCAAAAUGCGAUUUGUUCCAAAAUCGGAUCGCGAGCAGUCGUAAGGUGUGCGGUGGCCUUAACAGAGUUAUAAGUCUUUCCUGUGUAUCAUCACGAAUCAAGAAAAUUACGCAGUAAAGAAAAAAAUGAUGAAUGCUAAAAUCAUAGCCAAACAACUUUGCAUUAUGUCUACAAGCGUGACAAGUUUAACUUUUAAAUACGCGAUAAAUAUUCAACAUUUUUUACUCUUUGUUUUGUUCAAUACAAAGGAAUUUGGUGCUUGAUAUUUCCCUCUAUUGUUGUAUUUAAAUUCUCCUUCAUAUUUUUUAUAAUAAUAGCAAAGCCAAUGAUAUGUUGCAAUAAAAUGCCAAAAAUGAUAUACUGUAUUAUUAAUAAGAAACAUAAACCGGCUGGUACGGCGGGAAAAGAUACAGAUGAAAUAUUGAUACCUUUUAUCUAUUUAUAUUUUUAUCAUGCGCAUAUUAACUUAUAUGUUAUAUAUUUGCAAUAUACUUGUAACUCAUAAGUAUAGUCAUACCACUGCUAUGAUUAUUAGAAAGUUAUUAUACUUAUUACAUAUACAACAUAUCGGAUAUUUUUCGUUUUUUUUAUUUUAGAAUUAUUUUAAUUGUAUGAAUUCACUUCCACAAUGUUUUGAUAAACAUAAAGGUUAAUGUGAAUAAUACGACGGCUAGCUAAGCACUUCUGUCAUUUCGACAUGCGACCAUUAAACAGGAACAAAAGUAUUUAUAUAAUUCGAACGUCUAAAAAUAAAAUUUUAAUGCGCUGUAAUUUGCCAAUCAAAGGAGGAUUGACUAAAAUGACCUAAUUUUAAUCAUAAUUAGGUCAUUUUGUGUUUGACGCAUCUCCGAAAAGUGCUCAAAAUUGACCACACAUCUGGAAUGUUUUCUAAUUUUUGUCGGACACAGUCAUAUUCACCACUACAUUGAUAACGUUUAGGAUAUUAUUUAUUUAUGAUAAAGUAAGAUGAUCUUUGUUGUUGUAAAUGAUGAUGUGUUUUCCGUCUGGUACGGCUGGAUAAGACACGCAUAAAAUAAAAUACUUAUAUUAUCAAAA